AUGAGUACAACAUCAUUACCAACAGGCUACACUCCAGCCACUGCUGGAUUCACCUGUAAUUCCUGCUCGGUCAGGUUUGUCAGUGCUGAUUUACAAAGACAGCAUAUGAAGACUGAGUGGCACAGAUAUAAUCUUAAGAGAAGAGUGUCUGGACUACAGCUGAUUUCUUCAGAUGUGUUUGCCGAGAAGGUAUUGGCUUCUCAGAGCAGAAGCGGAGAGGAUGAGGAAGAAGACGAAUAUGGCUUCCAUGUCAACCACAGAAGAAGAUCUGGCAAGGGCCAGAGACAGAUAACCAAGAAGGACUUGAAGCAGAUGGCAAGGGCAGAAAGAGGAAGAGAACUCGACAUUCCAGAGGUUCCUUUGCCUAGAGGAGUCAGUCCUGCUGGGUCACUUGCAUCUACAUUCUCCUUGGGAGACUCUGAGCAUUUCUUAUCCGAAGGAGACUUUGACACUGGAUCUGAAUUCAACUACUCUGAACCUGAGGGCUACUACUCUGGCAGAGAUUCUGAUACUGAAGAGCUGUACGUUAGCGGAUCCGAGUCUGAAACCGAGGAUCAGCUCGAAGAAAUCCCUAACCAUUACUGUUUCUACUGUGGCAAGAACAAUGUUCUGGUUGAAACUAACUUAAGACAUAUGCUGAACACUCAUGGCCUCUACAUUCCUGAAAGAACAUACUUGAAAGAUCUCGACGGUUUGCUCACUUUCCUUAACGAAGUUAUUUACAUUGACCACGAGUGCCUUACUUGUGGCUUCGAAGGUAAAUCUUUGGAGAGUAUCAGACAGCAUGCCGUGUCUAAAGGACACUGCCGUAUGCCUUACGAAACCAAGGGCGAAAGAGCCGUAUUUGACGAUUUUUAUGACUUCUCAUUAGCAUCCUCGCUGCCUACCACAGCCACCACUUCCAAGAGAGUUACCUUCUCGGAUGGUACCGACGACCACAACGCUGUGGAGAUAGAAGAUUUGCCAAACUACACUGUGGACUCUCGCGAACUCACGCUUCCCUCAGGAUCUAGAGUGUUACACAGAGACGUUAGACAGCCACGCCUGUCGAGCACCAGUCUUAUCGCUCGCGAUACCCCAGAACUGACGAAGACUGUCGCUCUUGUGGAUAGAAGAUUUGCCCCAGGCAUCACGCUGCACGAAGUUUCGAAGCAAGAGAAGGCUGUUAGACGUAUGGAGCAGAAGAGCAGAAACGUGCAUCUGAGAAGAUGGAAGACCAAGAAGGUGAACUACCAGGCACACUUCAGAGACGAGCUUCUCCAGUAA